AUGAACGCCGCAUUUCCUCCAGAGUUUCAUGGUUUCUCAGAAGAAGGAGACAGCGGAAUGCCCACGACUUGGUCGCUAGACAUCCUUGUGAAGCGCGCCCAAGCUGAGAUACCGGACUAUCAUGAGGUGACUGCAAGUCACGACAUUAGGUUCGCCGGUCCGUUUGGAGACGCACAGAUUCCCAAUAGGAAGCACAUCAUUCCAGCCGAGGCGUCAGAGAUGAUGCUCAUCGUUGGUUCGUACGUUCAUGAAUCAAACGCAUCCGAAACUAUUGUCUAUGCUUUUGUGUAUGGGGUAAACGCGAACCAAAUUGGUUUCAUGUAUAUGGAUGAGCAAGGCAAAGCUGAACGUCUUGACGUCUGUAGAUGCAAGGAGAUCAACUUCCAGACCCCGUUUUGCUACCUCGGCGACAACGACUUAGGUCAGCAGUCAGUUCGCCUCAUGCUACGGCCGUUUCUCUUAUUCAACUUCCUUAGUGCAAACUAUCUCGAUACUAUCACGCACUACAAGAGUUUCUGGACAGAUCUCACAAAAGCAUUUUCAUGGAUCGCCAACAAGGGUCGCAGACCCGAUACAGGCUUGAGUAAGCCGAAAACAUCAGCUAAAGCGGCAAACCCAAAGUCUAUGCUUCACGAGUAUUUUGCCGAGGAUUCUACUUCUAAGCCUCAAGCAGUAGCAUCAAAGCUCGAAGAAGAUGAGGAUCCAGUUCAACCUCGAAUCAAACGCCGAGACUAUGGUGGUUCCAGUACCAUUCAAAAUCCGCAAUCCGUCCCUGUCUCGCCCUCGACCCCCGAAGAACCGCCCGUAACCCAUGAUCAUGAAGCAGGCCUCCAAGCAUUGGCAUCACAGCACGAAAAAGAAGUUACCAGGCUCAGGAACGAGCUGGAUGCGAUGAGACAGCGUAGUGAUCUCGUCCACAACGCAUACAACGGACUCAAGCGGAACCACGACCAGCUCUCGAUAGCGUAUAGUAAAGCUGUCAAGGAUAUCCACCAGGUUCGUGCGCGUUAUCUAGAAAGCUCAGAGAGCAGUAAGAGGUGGAAAACACGGGCUGAAGACGCUGAGAAACGAGAAACGACACUCAAAGCCCAACGCCGUGAAGACAGAGCUAAGAUGGCUCGAGCUCGCCAGUUGCUUGAGACGUCAGAAUCAGACGAUGAAGCAGAGGUAGUUGGGGCCCCGUCUUGA